GCCAAGCGCUCGCUUCCAUCGGGGAUGCAGGAUGGAGGAAUGCCAUCGGAGCCGGGAUGGAGACCAGGGUCGCUGCUCUUUGCUUUCCAGGCAGAGAGAGAGGUGUUGGGGUGAUGCCAGAAUCCCGACCCUAAAAAUUCCUGUUUGACCAAGGAAUUCCUACCCUGCAUACAUCAGACAUCCAGGAAAAUUGAGGAGGUCCUCCAGGUCGGCACGGGGUAUCCCAACCCUCCUGGAGAAAAGGCCACGGCCAUUUUCUGGGAGGAAGGAGGGAUGGAGGCAGGAAGGGGCCUCCGAAUCCCCCGGGAUGCCCUCGCCAUGUGUGGUGGCUCCAUUCCCAGCCCGAGCUCCCACUUCCCAUGGAUUUUGGGAGCCUCCAUUGGCAAAGCUGCCUUGUUGAGCAAGAGGGGCCUGACGAGAAUUCCAUGAGCGUGCUUCCCGCAAGGAGCAAAGGGCAGCGGGAGCGUGUCCCUGCCUGGCCGGCGCCUCCCGGGGAUUUCGGACAGUGAAGGGACCGUGAGGAGGAGGAAGGCACCUGGGAAAUUCCUUCAGCUUCCCGGGCUCAUUCCCAGGCCAUGGCAGCCACUACGGUGACCGAUGCCGGCAGUGUGAGGAUCAUCACGGAGGUGAUCCCGGCCACGGAUCCCCGGGCGGCCCAGCUGGCCUCAGGCUCCCAGACGCCUGCGCCUGCCAGGACGUCAUUCCAAACACAAGGCUUCCGGAGGGCUCAUCCCAAGGUGUUGGGGACCAUCCAUAUCUUCACUGGAAUCGUCCACAUCUGCUUUGGGAUCAUCCUGACAGCGUCGGAGCACAGGAACCCUUCCCUCCCUGUGGCCAGUGGGAUCCUCUUCUGGCUUGGGAUCCUGCAGCUCCUAGUCUCGGGCUCGUUGCUGGUGGAAAGUGAAAGGAGAGACAGCCCCGUGCUGAUCAAGACCUGCUGCGUGGUCAACGUGGGCAUUGUCCUGGGCACGCUGGUGGCCACUGGGAUCCACGGCACGGCCGUCACCCGGCACGUGCCCGGCUGCGAGAACCCCAAACCCUUCCAGACCCGCCCGGAAUGGUGCCUCAACACGCGCAGCAAGACCCUGAGCAACGCGCUGGAUUCCACCUUCGUGCUCCUCGGCCUCCUGGAAUUCUGCGUGGCCGUGGCGGUGCUGGCGUUUGGAUACGACGCUGCCCGGCAGCACACAUACACCCAGCUGGUGAGGGAGGCGGGGAUCCCCGGGAAUCCCUGCAAGUCCCUGGAAUGCUGAUCCACCCCCUUCCUCCCUCCGAAGGGCCGCCCCAAGCCGGCGGUUUCUUUGUGCCUCCCAGAGAUUUCCCCGGAUUUCCCUGGUUUUGCUUUCCCAGGCGCUGUAGCCAUGGCCAAGCCCCCCACGUGCUGCCGCAUCCCGGGGGGGGGUCCCGGUGCGGGAGCCCCCUGGGAUGCCCUCAGCGUGUUCGGCCCCCAAUAAAGGUCUCUCCUCCCCCA